CGAAACAUUUACUGAUUCUGAUGUCAAAAUCCCUGAUGAAAACGUGAUGGCGGUUUCUUCGCCAAAUGAACCUUUCGCAGAUGAUGAUGACGAUGACGAUGUUGAUUUAGAUGAUGAUACGGACUACGAAGAAGCUUAUGAUGAAAAUACCCCGAAUAAUAGUUCCAAUGAAAGUACAAAGGAUGUGUUGGAAGCGGCUGAUUACGGAUUACAGAUGAUGCAUGAAUUGUAUGGUGUAUUCGAGCCAAAAUUAUAUUCAAUGGGAUUAAUGUUGAACGAGAAAGAUCCGGCACGCUACGUGGCGGCUUUCAACGCACCUUCGGAAGAGAUCGCCAAAUAUUCCAGAUAUGGCUACGCAUCGCUGCAAGCUGCUUCUAGACUGAGACAACUAACAAGUAACAAUGGUGAUCGUCUGGAGAGUCGCACGGAAGAAAGCCUGUUUCCAGGCGCAAGCGCACUGCGGCAGUCAUCUUUAUUGGAGCAGUGCCCACUACGCGGACCCCCUAAAUGCCCACCUGCUUCUAAAAGAUAUCGCACACACGAUGGUACGUGUAACAACCUCAACCGUCCAAGAUGGGGCGCCACCAUGACACCAGUUCAACGUUUCCUACAACCAGUUUAUUCUGACGGCAUCCAAGCACCGCGCAAAUCAUUCUUCGGUACCACUCUCCCAUCAGCAAGAGAAAUUAGUGCAUUAAUUCACGAAGACAAAAACGCUGAAAACCCUGGCAUAACGCAUUUACUGAUGCAGUGGGGCCAGUUCUUGGAUCAUGAUGUAACAUCCUCCUCCCAAUCGAGAGGAUUUAACGGAUCAGUGCCUAGGUGUUGUAAGGAUGGUGGAAGAGAUUUUAUACCUAAGGAACUUAUGCACCCAGAAUGCAUGCCUAUUGCCGUUCCACCAUCGGAUCCAUUCUACGGUCCAAGGGGUGUUCGUUGUCUGGACUUUGUGCGUUCAUCCCCAGCUCCUCGAGAUGACUGUGCACUGGGGUGGCGUGAGCAGUUUAACCAAGUAUCCGCGUACAUAGACGGUUCCCCGCUAUAUGCCAGCUCUGCUAGACAAUCGGACAAACUUAGGCUGUUUAGGAAUGGGAUGUUGCAAUACGGACGUGUCCAGCAGCGCCGACCGCUGUUGCCGCCGGACCGCGACGAGCUGUGUCGCGGGGGAGCGGUCUCCACCGAUUGCUUCAAGUCUGGUGACGCGCGCGUCAACGAGCAUCCCGGCCUCGUCGCAGCUCACAUCGUCUGGCUAAGACAGCAUAACAGAAUGGCUCAAGAGCUCGCGCAUUUAAAUCCCCAUUGGAGCGAUGAAAAAAUCUAUCAGGAGACACGCAAGAUUGUAGGCGCCAUGGUUCAACACAUCACCUAUAGAGAAUUUCUACCUAUUGUUCUAGGGUCUGAAGUAAUGCGGCUAUUUGAACUGGAACUACAACAAAAGGGCUUCUAUCGUGGCUAUAGCCCAAAAAUCAGCGCAAGCCCAGCUAGUUCCUUUGGAUCUGCUGCUUUUCGCUUCGGACACAGCCUCGUGCAGUCUUCGUUUGUUCGCUUUGACAGGUUUCAUCAUCCCCUUAACAACAAUGUUUCUCUCCACGAUGAACUAACAAACCCAUCUAACAUCUGGAGUAUGGGCGCCGUCGAUCGCCUCCUCCUUGGCAUGGUUAACCAACCAAUUCAGAAACGCGAUGAAUUUAUUACCGAGGAGUUAACAAAUCAUCUGUUCCAAACUCCUCACUUUAGUUUCGGUAUGGAUUUGGCGGCUAUCAACAUCCAAAGAGGGAGAGACCAUGGAGUCCCACCAUACACAUCUUGGAGAGAACCCUGUGGGUUAUCAGCUAUAAGUAACUUUGAAGAUCUGUUUAGAAUCAUGCCAGCAAGAGUUGUUAGGAAACUGAAGGUUUUAUAUAGACACGUAGACGACAUUGACCUAUUUACUGGUGGCAUGGCGGAACGCCCUGUGGUUGGAGGUUUAGUGGGACCGACAUUUGCCUGCAUUAUAGCUCAACAAUUUUCCAAUUUGCGGAAAGGUGAUCGUUUUUGGUAUGAGAACGGAGGGUUUGAAUCAUCGUUCACGCCAGCACAGUUGCAACAGAUACGCAGGAUAUCUUUAGCACAAGUUCUUUGUCGUACAUUAGAUUCUAUUGACAACAUUCAACCUUUCGCUUUUCUUUCUCCUGACAACCCUGACAAUGAACGAAUAUCAUGCCGUAAUGGACUGCUAAAUAAUUUUGAUUUAUCUCCCUGGAUUGAAAUACAUUCAGACUCAAGUAAUGACGUCCGAAAAUCCGAUGAAGAUGUACCCGUUACUACUAAGCCUAGAAGAACUAAGCCCACCACUUCUGGACCUAUGACAACUACUAGAAAAUCUCAAAAAGUAGCACAAGCUAAUAGAAAGAAACCAAAUUCUGUAAAUGACUUAAAUAACACACAAAAAAAUAUUCAUAAACUCAACACUACUGAAUUUAAUGACAAUGAUUAUACUGAUAAUAAAACUACAAAGUCAAAACCUAACAUAAUAGUACAAGCGAUAGACGACAAACUAGACUUUAAAAACAGACCUUACUAUAACAGAGACGACUUAGACAAUGACUUUGAAUCGCGUGACAACAAACCCAUUGUACCUGUGACAGAAAACUUUCAAUCCUCAGCUAGGUCCAAUGACGACGAUACUUUUGAACAAACACUUUCUACAGAAAAAACUUUACUGACUGACCGACCGAUACUUCCUAUGGAUAAGUCUUCGCAAGUUGACAAAAUUAAUCCAACGACUGAGAACAUUUACAAAUUACUCACUUUCGGAUACGUAGGGACUUACAGAGGCGACGCGAUCACCAAUAGUAACAAAGACAAUACUCGUAUUACUGACAAUGACAAAAUACAUGACGUAAUAAGUAAAGACUUUUCGACUGUUGAGAUUGACAAAGAUGAUGCUAACUUUACUGAUGACUUAAAUAAUACUAAACUUUCAACUUUUAUCCUUUAUGAGACCGCGACAAAACCUUACAACUUACACAGACCGACAAGACGAAACGAUGACGAACAUUUGACUGUAGAUCCAAAAAAUAAAUACUUUUUCAUGCAUAACGUUUUACGAAAAUAUCCAGAUGGAUCAUCAUUGAAGGACUAUAACCAAAUAAAAGGAGAAAAAGCAAAUGAUAAUGUAAAAACGAAUUCUCCAACGUUAGAUGAUUUAGGAAUACAGGAAAGAUCAGGGAUAAAUAAAUUAUCUUCAAACAUAGAUGAGUCUAAACCGAUCAGUAGUAAUAAGCCGAAACAUAAGAGACCUGCCACUUCUGUGAAAACUCCAUCAGUAGCUUUCCAAAUAAUUCCAAGUGAAAACAACCCUUCACAGUGGGCAGUAUACGACGAGAAAGAAGAUCUUCCUGGAGGAUUCCCCCAGAGGAUGCCCUCCAUCAAAUCUGACCCCUACGCUCUUCGAGAAAUUCCUCGACCUAUGAACUUCAACUCUUUUAGACGAAGACCUGGACGAAUUUAAUUAUGGAACAAUUUAGAAACUACACUUUAAAUUUUAUAAUAUUAGUAUUUAAGAUAUUCAGUUUAAAAAUGGGAAAAAUCUUUUCCGAGAGCGUGUACGGUGCUAGGGUUGGCGGCCAGGUGCUAUUUUUCGAAUUAAUUAUUAUCAACAUAUCAUUUCGACAUUAAGGAACAUGUAUUGCUUAAUACCGAGGUGAGAUGUCAGAUGUUAAAUAUCAUAUGUGACUGCUGUAAGACUGGUUAUUUUUUACGUUAAAAGCGGAUAAAACAGACAUAAAAUGCUGACAAAUAUGGAUAUUUUGUAAUAUGACAGGACAUU